ACAACUCUAAAGCUCCUCAAGACCCGACAGAUGCUGUUUCUUGUGUCAAAUGUAUCAAAUUUGUAAAUAUUUAGCUGUUACCAUUGAUGUAAAGUCUCACACACGUAAAGGUGGAAGACAAAAUGGCCAACAAGAACAAAGAGGAGAAGUUUUCCAAUCACCCAUGUCACAGACUCAGUGUGCCCGCAGCAAAACGCUUCUGGUGCCGACACUGCUUCGAGAUGUUUGACGACCCCAUUUCCAGAUGGAGGCACAGCAAAUCUUGUAAGAACACCAGCCUCAGCAACAUGACCAGACGUCGAGAACAGGAGGCGUCAGCUCUGGAGGCGUACUGCGAGUCCACAACAGGGAAAAAGAUGGACAGUGAUGGCAGGAACGUUGUCUUGCCAAACCUCAACCCCAAGACAACCAACAAGGCGUAUGCUGGACCCAAGGAGAACAACUGGGUCGAUCUCAGCUGCUUCAUAUGUAAGAAGCAGUUUACAACCAUGGAGGAGAUGAAGGAUCAUGUCCGAGUCCCGUGUAACAAAGUUAUUCCAGUCACCAGCGAUGAUGUGUUCCCCUUUGCUACACGUUCCACCCCAAAACCAUCUCCACCAGAUAUUAUCUACCACGGCGGCAACAGUCGACAAGGAGCCACGCCAGCAGGAGCAGUGUAUGAAUUGGAAGACGAUGCUCCCGUAGCCAGUAAGAGGACACCAUCACCCCUUGACCCAUCCAAUCUUUCCAGUGAGACCAUGGCAGCAGUUGAAGCUCUCAACAUGAUGGCCCGAUCAGACAAAGUGAAUCUUACUCAGUUCCUGAAUCAGUUGUCUGAGGGAGGGUUUGUCAUAGAGCAGGCAGCAGGGACGUCGUCCAGUAGCGACUCGCAGGACCGCGAGAUCGUCUUUACCGUCCAGGGUGAUGUAGGUGAGGGGAACCUCCUGCAGCAGGGAGGAGAUAUUACAGUAGAAGUAGCAGAGGAUCUGAUACGGAUGGCACAGCGGGUGAGAGUGGAGGCAGUGGAGAGAAUCGUUGAGGAGCAAGUGCAGGAGGAAGUGGUUCAGGAAGACCUGGUUCAGCAGACCGAGGUUCAGUACAUUCAGGAUCACAGUCAAUACAUCCAGGAACAGGCCCAGUACAUAGAACAGGCUCAGUAUGUAGAACCGCAGAACCAGUAUGUCCAGGAACCAGCACCUCAAGAACAGAUACAGUUCGUUCAAGAGGAGCCUCAGUUCGUUCCAGAACAACCUGAGUACUCCACAGAGGCAGCAGCAGCAGGUGAUCAAGAGUCAACCUACACUAUUGUAAAUAUGGAGACGGGGAAGCAGUCCAGUGAGGCAGAGCAGGCGAUAAUCAGCGAGGCCCAGCUUUCUAACGUCAGGAUAGAGUCCUUGACGUCCGACAACGCUCAAAUUCUGGUGGUGCCAGUAGACCAAACUGUUGUCACCAAACAGGAAAGUAAUAGCAAUGCAAGCAUUCCUGGUAGUAAGAGAAAGCUAGAUGAGGACAGUUCUGUAGCUGAGGGAGAAGUGCAAGUCAAACUUGAAAAUGGGUCUCAGGUGAAAAAACUAUGCAUGGAAGUAGUGACAGAGCAAAAUGUAGAGGACUCUAAUAUUAAUAAAGAGGCUUUCGAAGCUAAAAAAAAACUUCGAUUUUACAGUGAAGGUUUGACUGUGCAGGAAAAAUGCAAUAAAAAUUCUGAACCAUCAGAAAAAUGCACUUUGGAGACUAGUUUAAAACAGCCAUGCGAUAAUGUUGAAAAUUUGUCAAAAUUGCCGCAUCAGGAAACAACUGAAACUCCUAGUCAUUUAUCUGACACACACACUGAUACAACUUUUUUAGAUGAAAUUGAUGGCUUUUUCAAGCCAGUGACCGAAGAUAUGAUGAAAGUUGAGGAACCUACUAUAGAUAUUAGUGCAUUAAUGACUGUUGAAAGUACGAGCCCUGAAAAUAAGAGUCAUGCUAAAACAAGCCCUGAAAAAGAAAUGACCGCAAUCAAGAAGAUGCCAUGCCGAAAGAGACCACCACCAGCUUCACCUAAGAAACUCCGAUCAUCAUCACGCAAAUUGGUACUGACCCCAAAGAAACGAAGACUUGUUGAAGAAAAGGAAAAGGUGACCAAGAAAAAAAAAAUCAAUGAAAACAGCUUGAAAGCUAAGACACAGCCUCAGAAGGUCAAACCAAAACCAGCUGAGUCACCCCCAAAGAAAGAAUCUGUCCCAGCACCUGAAGGAAAACCCAAAAAAGUACAUCCUCCAAGACCCCUGAAGUGUCGAGCUUGUGAAAAAGUGUUUAAUUCCGUAAAACUACUUCAAAAGCAUAAGAGUGUUCCAUGUGUUGUGAAAAUCACUCGUAACUUGUGCCAAAAGAUUUUGAGACCAAAACGUGCCUUGCCUAGACCUCCUGAGAAGAAAGUCGUCAAGAGGAAGCCUGUGAAUAAAGACUCAAAGAAACCCAAACUGUUGCCUGUUGGUUUCCGAAUACAGGCACAGUGGAUCCCGUGUAAAAGGGAUAGAAAAUCAUCAAAAGGCAGAGGAAGACCACGGAAACAAAAUAUUCACUAUGAGAAGAAGAAACGCAUCAUCUUACCAGACAGGACGAUUGAAGUUUCAUCUUUGUGUGAAAAGGAGCAAUUUUUCUUUGAACUUGGUUUAGUAUGUUCAGAUUACAUCCUGAAAGAGUUCCGCCGACCUUUGCCCCAAGUGGAGAUAACUACCUCUUUAUCUGUGAGCAUUGAGAACGAUAUUUCUGACAAGUCAUCCUUGGUGACAUUUCACCCCCACUGCUGGAGAAGAUGGAGCCAGUGGAUGUUGGAGAGAUGGAGUCUUCACAACCACCAGACUUGACCUGUGAGGAGGAUG